CGGGACAUACUCGACCUCGUUGUCCAUCUAGACACAAUAGAUAGCAACUAAUUGGUUUGUACACCAUGGAUCCUGGGCCGGUUAGUGAUGAGGUCUUAUAUGACCAGGCUCAACAUCGUUCACAUAUUAUAUCCUGUACAGAGAGAGGAGGGAGUAUCGUUAUGGUUGAUCAUAGCCUCAGCCAUAGCCGUUGGCGGUUAGAGGAUGAGCGUAUCAUAUCAGCUGUGGGACGGGCCGGCUUCUUGACUUGUUCAAAGCUUCGUUGGAUAAAGCUCGAUUGGCCCCUACUGACCGCGUUGAUGGAUAGAUGGAGACCUGAGACCAAUACUUUCCACUUCCGGAUGGGCGAGGCUACCAUUACUCUACAAGAUGUAGCCGUGAUACUCGGUCUCCGUAUAGAUGGUCCGUGCAUUACCGGCACUGAUAGUGAUGUAUGGCCUCGAAGAUGUGGGAGUUUGUGUGGAUGUAUGCACAGGGACUACAUGAAAUGCAGUGGUGAAAUGAGUAUGUGACUUGUUAGAGGAAGUUUGUGUUGAUAUAUGCACAGGAACUACUUGAAA